UAUUGAAUACAUGAGUUUAUUUGUCGAUAACGGUGAACUGCAUUAGGUUAAAAAUGUCGUAUUUAUUAGCCACACUUACAGCUUUGGUGCUGCUUAAUUCUGAGGCUUUUGGUAAAAGUGUGACGGGACUUUUUAAGAGUGAAUCAGCGAGGCAGCAGAGAGGACAGUUCAUCACUAAAUUCAUGUACCAAGGUUCUGAUGGUCUGCUGGUGAUCCGGCUGGAUAACGUUCCCCUGGCCACAGAGAAGGAGUCCAGACUGCUGCUGUUUCAGGACAUGGACUCAGAGCUGGAGAGCCUCAACUGCUCGGAGAGGAUCAGCAAAGCUCAGCACGCCAUUUCUCUCACUGUAGAUGAAUACAACCAGACGAUCCAUAAACAGUCGACUCCGACAGCCUGGCAGGUCCUGUACGCAGACAGAUACACAUGUCGGAAGGAUGCAGUGAUCCCUUCUCACCCUGAUCUCAGUUUCUCUAUCUUGCUGUUCAACGCUGACUCAGCAGGAAAUCCUCUGGAGCACUUCAGCGCAGAGGAGGCAGGUCUCCACACCUUUUACUUCCUCCUGCUGCUGGCCUACUUCAUAGCGAGCUGUAUUUACUUCAAGCCUCUGCAGCAGGCUCUGAAGAAAGGCGGCCCGAUGCACUCCAUCCUCAAAGUGCUGAGCACCGUGCUGGCUCUGCAGGGCUGCUCCGCGCUCUGCAGCUACAUCCACCUGGCCAGGUACUCCAGAGACGGUGUUGGUCUUCAUCUGAUGGGCAGCCUGGCAGAGUUCUGGGAUAUGGUGUCCCAGGUGUCCAUGCUGUACAUGCUGCUGAGUCUGUGUGUGGGCUGGACUCUGAGCCGCGGCAGGAAGCCUCAGUCGGGCCCUCUGCAGUGGGAACAGACCCCGAGGUCCAGGGCCGUGGCUGUGGGGGGGGUGAAACUGUGUCGUUCUCAGGGAGGCUUGCUGCUGUGGGAGCAGUUUUCUGAAUCCGAGGGUCAGCAUCACAGCUUCCACGUCCAGCAGAGUGUCGCCGCUCUGCUCCUCAUGCUUCUCCGGGUGGUCCUCGCCCUCCUGCUGGCCUCCGUCCUCUACCAGAUCAUCUCCACUGAGAGGAGCACCCUGAAGAGAGACUUCUACCUGUGCUUCGCCAAGGGAUGCUUCCUGUGGUUCCUCUGCCAUCCUGUCAUCUUCCUCACGUCCGCCAUCUUUAACGCACACCAGAGGGAGAAGGUGGUGACCAUCGGUGUGAUCCUCUGCCAGACCAUCUCCAUGGUGAUCCUCUACCAGCUGUUCCUGUCCCGCUCUCUUUAUUGGGAGGUCUCCUCUCUCUCAUCCGUGUCUCUGCCUCUCACCAUGUCCAGGACCAACAACAGAGCACGUUACUGAUAUAUUAAGAAGAUAGAAGCGGCUAAAAACUCCCAGUUUGUCUGCAGAGACAGGAAGUGCUGUAACGCUGCAGGGACUGUUUCACUUUGCUGUUACCGGCACAACAUGACCAGAAGAUGAUAUAUACAGCAACACCCUACCUCUAGUUGUAAAUAAUGUAUGAGAGAAAAUACUGAGCAGGGGAAAAGAUAUUUAAUCACAGACAGAGGAAGGAAACCAGGCUUAUAGUAUCAUUUCGGACCAACACAAGCAUGAUCAAGUUGCACCAGGGUUAUAGAUUUGCAAAGGUAGAGAUGGUUGUUUGGGUAAACAAGGAAGGAUACUUCUCUGCUCAAACUCAGCUUUUAUUAUCACUGUUACACCACUGCUCAGCACCUGUGUUACAUUUAGGGAUGUAGUGUUUCUGAAAUGAUCUGAACUAAACCUUGGCUAGGUGAAAUGACCCAAAAGUACCAGCCAGUGUGAAUUCUCUGAAUGAUUAUGACACUGUAGGUUUUCAUGGGAUGUAUUUACAAUAAGGGAAUUCAAAUGUGUAGAUGAAUGGUUCAGUCUGUGGUAAGAUUUACUCUGGAUGAAUAGAUGGAGGCAACUUAAGAUUAAUAUACUGACAAAUAGACAUGUGGAAGAAUGGAGAAAGACUCGGGGAUGAGUAUAUUUCAAGUCACUUUAAUGAAAAGGAUAAGUAUUUUUGUCUUUGCACAUGCAGAGUGAGCCAUUAGGUCAGUGUGUGCUGCCUGUACAUCACAGAUCAAGCUGUACGUUCAGUUAUUUCCUCGCUUUUGACAGCAUGUGAACCUUUUGAAAAUGUAUAAACUGUAUGUAGCUGGAGACAAACUGCAUGCCAUAUCGUUUUUUAUUUUUUCAUUUUACAUUCGUAUGGAGAUGGUAGGUAAUAUAUGUACUUUACAUGGUAUUUGUCCAACAAUGACAUUCUUAUUCUACUUAGAAAACAACAUAUGAGGCAUCUGUUUGUCAUGAUUUUAAUUUAUUUGCAGACGCAAUACAAAUGCCCUGUCAUUGCCAGUUUUGCAGUAUCUACACUCCAGUUUCAAUAUUACAUGUAUUUACAUUCUAUACAACUGUGGUGAUUACAACUGUAUAAAGUCUGUGUAAUAAAGUACAUUUUCAAGUUA